UAUUAUUCUUUACCAUUUUUUUCCUAUUUUUAGUGUUCUUCUUCCCCCACCUAUAUUUUAUUUUAUCGCUAUUUCCCCAAUUUACCUACUUUUUUGUCCCUUCGAUUUUCCCCCAUUGCAAUAUUUUUAGUUUAUAUUUUUAUUUAACACCUUGCCCUAUCAACCUUCACUACUCCUUGUCUCAUACAGUCUUAAGAUUGGCCUCCUCACUCAUGACAUUUAGUGGCUAUCUUAAAAGACACAGACUAUUUUAGAUUAUUAUUUUUUAUCUUUAUGUAGACAUUCCUCUUUAUUUUUUUUUAUUUUUUAUGUAAAAAUUAAGUAAAUUUUUUAGAUUUUUAUGGGGUAAAAAUGAAUUUCCGGCUUCAACAACACCCUUCAUCAUUGUUAGUUUCUGCUGGACUUAUCCCAGAUACUAACAAUCAAUCAACUUCAACAAUGAUUACAACAACCAACGAGAAUUCCAAUCCACUCCCCCCUGCCGUUGCUGCAGCAUUAAUUCAACAGCAACAACAACAUAGCCAACAACAACAAAUUUCAGGCAAUCCAACAAAUAUUACAACACAACAGGCAUCAACAGUAACUGAAUCUAUUCAACAACAAAUUGUUGCUUCUCAUCAACAACAAGCGGCCGCUGCAGCAGCAGUAGCUCAUCAUUUACAGCAACAGCAACAAGUACAACAUGUUGCUCAACAACAAGCGGCUGCUCAAAUAGUAGCUGCUGCACAAGUUCAACAAAUGCAACAACAAAUAGCCCAACAUCAACAACAACAAUUGGCUGCUUUAGCAAAUGUAGCUGCUGUUCAUCACCAUCAACAACAACAACAGCAACAUUUAAAUCAACAGUCAUUAAGUACAAAUAAUGCAUUUUUAACACCUGGGAGUACAACUAAUGCUCAAAAUGAAAAUGUUAAUCAACAAUUACAACAAGUUGCCAAUGUUUUCUCUACAGGAACAAUUCAAAAUAACAACCAACAACCUCCAAAUAUUCCUUCUCAAAUUGUUACUCCAACUCCUUCAACUGGAAUUUUACCAAAUUGUUUUAUUGAGGUAGCUGCUGCCCAUUUAGCUUCACAGCCUCAACAAACACCUCAACAACCUCCAAUUCCUCCUCCUCCAAAUCCAAAUGUAUUACCACAAUUAAUUACACAAACAACAACACAAACUGGAAAUAUUUUAAUUCAACAACCGUCAAGUAUUAUGAGUAUUGGAACAGGAGGAGGACAAUUAAAUAAUAACAAUAAUUGUACACCUCCCCAACAAAAUACUUCUUCUAUUCAACAACAACAAACCAUUACUUCUUCAAUAUCUACUAACCAAUCUCAACCACAAAAUUUACUUCAAUGUCAACAAUUCCCAUCUCAACAACCACAGCAACAACAACAGCCAAUUCAUCCACAAUAUUUAGAAAUGGUUUCAAUUCCAAAAGAUAUUUUACUUAAAUUGGUAGAACAACGAAUUGAAAGUGACAAAACACAAGUACAACCACCAAGUAAAUGCUUGUGUCAUUGCCAUUGUGGGAGAUAUCCAAAUGAUGUUCCUAUUGUUGAUAAGGUUAUGACUGAUUUGUUGGAAGGUUCAUCUAAACAUCUCGGAGGAGGGGACAACAACAGUACAAGUAGUAACAAUUCGACACCUCGAAAUUCUCUUCAAUCGCAGCCUGUACAUUUCCAGUCUGUCACUAACGGUCAAAUCUCAUUACAGCAACAAACACAACAACAAAAUACUUUAAUUAAUCAAUCUAUUACUACUGGAAAUUUUGUUGAAACAAUGGACACAAGCGGUGCUUCGUUUUCAAUUGCUUCCUCUCUACACCAACUCAGUGCUUCUGACCAAGAACAAUUGGCUGAAUUGUCAAAGGCUAACGAAAUUUGGAAGACUUCAGCAACAACUUCUUCAAACAUUUCCUUAACUGCCGGAGGGGCUCAAUCUGGAGAUUUACAAUUUUUGAUGGGGCAUUACACAGAAUCUGAUUUGCGUCGAUUAAUUGGUUUAGCUAAAUCUUUGGAUGCUUUUAAACGUCUUGAUCAGCACGACCAAGAACGUUUAUUAAAAAGUUGUUUUGGAAGUUUUUUUGUUCUUCGUUCUGUUCUGAGUGUGGAGGUGAAUGAAUUUACUGUUGCUAUUUUACGACAAAAUGGGGUUCCUGAAUCAACUAUAAGAUUCUACGUUGAUUUUCCGGUCGAAUGGCGUCGAAAUGAAACAAUUAAUUUAUUACUUGGACUUAUUCUUCUUUUCAAUGUCGAAGUUGCUGAUUUGCAGAGUGCGAUUUCUGUUACUGUUGAAAAUAUGAAAUUUCAAUCUUUGUUGAAAAGGCUGCUUUAUGCAUUUUGCGAUCGUGACUCUGUUAAAGCCGAAACAGUUGCAGCAGAAUUACUUGCUCGAGUCGAGCAUUUAAAGCAAUUAUUCCCUGGAGGAACACCAACAACACAUAAUUCUUUGGGUAUUGGGACAUGCAAUAAUUUGGCUUUUGCACCCCAAACAAUUGGGCAACAACAACAAAUUGUUUCGACUAGCCAAUUAGUUGAAUGCUCGAAUUCUUCGAUUAAUAUAAACACUAGUAGUUAA